AUGGAGCUUACCCGCAUCCUUCAGUAUCGGCUAUGGUGUUUUGGCGCCGUGUUUAUGGGGAUUGCUGCUUGCGCGUAUUAUAUUUUCGACCCAAACCUGCUUUAUUUCAUUGGCCGCAAGUUCCUCAUUGCCCUACUGUCGUUUUAUGAUUGGACAGUACUAAACAGACGUAGCUGUGCCAUAGCAAACCCCUGGUAUAUAACCCCACCUCCUUCACCUAAAGAGUGCCUCGCCUGUGAAGACCUAACAGCUGUACCAGAAGUAUCGUAUAAUGUUUCGUCGACAAGACUUUACGAGCAUUUCCUCGAUACACGUAUCCCAGUGGUUGUGCGUGGUGGCUAUAUUGAACACGCGUCAGGUGUACAGCUUGAAAAUGUCAUUCGAACGAUACAGGACAACCUUUCGGCAAAAGUGUGCGCAUUCCGUUCAAAUACACCGUGGACUUUUGAUCGGUUCCUCGAGCAGACAACGUCCAUGGAGUCGUUCUAUGCUCUUUGGGAAAACUGCAAUGAGGAGUCAAAAAAACUGAUGCGACGUUUUUAUCAUAGGCCUGAUCGUAUUCCUGCAGCUGUUGAGCUUACCGGCUACAGCUGGGUAGCCUUAUCUCGACGAUUCCUCAGUGCAAAACCGAAGAUCUUAGACUUUGCUGGCGGUUCGGUAGGAAUUUGGAUUCAAAUUGAAGGCCGCUCGCGAAUACAGUUGGAACAGCGCAGAUGCCAUUGCCGCCUCGACUUGGACCUUAAUAUGGGAGACUACCUUGUUGUGCGCAUCGAUGGAUGGAACGUUAGCUUCACUCCAGCAGAUAACAACGGUGACUCUGUGGCCUUUAUACCUACUGGGUAUCUUCAAUAA